CCCCCAUUCCGGUGCCGUCUGUUCCUCUCCUCUUGUUUUCUUGUCUUCAUCUUGGUGGUAUCGGCUGGCUGAACCCCGAUUCCCAGACAAGAAUCCUACACCAUGGGCUCCCCAUCCCCAUCCUUGUCGACCCUCGGCGGUCCGACUUAUGUCACUACCCAGACGCUUAUCCAGCAAGUCGCUUAUGUGCUGAGCGAUAAGAUCUUCUCCUACUCCCCCGAGUCUUUCGACUUGGAUGCUGCUCUUCGGGAGUGGGCGUCCAAGCAGGAGACCAACGCCAAUGGCGAAUCUCCUGAGAUCAAGGCCAUGGAGACCCGCCAGGGUGCUGGUAACAUCGCUCUCGGUUACAUCUUCUCCCAGGACUUCGAUCUGAAGAAGCGUCACGUUCCCCAGGGAAUUGUCGCCUCCUCCGCCACUCUGCCCUACAUGCGGGCCGCUUUGGAGCAGCUGUCCCUCCUGUAUUCCGUCGCUAGCCCCGUCGCCGCCCACGUUGCCGCCGUCGACUAUGCCGGUGAAGAUGGGCUUGUCUCCGACUAUGCGUCCGCCCUCUCCCUCGCUGAGGAACUUGGCCUGGGUCUGGUGUCCAGUGCCUCUGUCCACGAGUCCCAGCACAUGGCCCUGCUGACCACCCUCCUCGCAUCGGUUCUGCCUUCCGUCCACAUCUAUGACGGUGUCCGUGUCGGCCGGGAAGAGACCCGCGUCAUUGACGUCCUCGACCAGGCUGGCCUCUCUCGUACCUACGAGGCCGCCCGCAAGACCCUCGAAGACUCCCGCAGCCGCCACCUUGACACCCAGGGCAAGCUGCUUGAGCUCCUCCAGUCCCUGAACGGUGAGCUCGGCACUGAUUAUGGCCUCUUCGAGUACCACGGCCAUGCCGAGCCCGUCUCCGUUCUGGUUGCCUUCGGUACUGUCGAGGCGUCGCUCACUGCUCAGAUCGCCCGCUCUUUGGCCAAGGAUGGCGUUCGCGUUGGUGUCAUCAACGUCCGUGUCUACCGCCCCUUCGUUGAGGAGGAGUUCUUGCGCGUUCUGCCGAAGUCUGUCAAGACCGUUGGUGUUCUUGGCCAGGUUUCCACCGAACAAGCCGUGCAGGAGCAGGGUGUCCGCUCUGCACUGUACGAAGAUGUCCUUGCUGCUCUGACCUUCGCCACCGAUCGUGAGCAGUCUCCGGCUUGCAUCGAUAUCAAGUACCCCCGCUCUCAACGCUGGGAUCUGAUCAACACUGCCGCCGCUUUCCAGCUCGUCCACGAGAAGCCAAUUGUUCAGGCUGGUGCCGAGUCCGAAUCUCUCCAGCUGCUCGACCCCGCUACCGUGCAGGAAUACACCUUCUGGGAUGUCGACAACUCCGUUGGUGGCGAGGUCGCCACAACUCUUUCACAGGCCCUGGCUGCUGACUCCGCAAGCAAUGUCACUACCAGCAAGGCCCACGACAACCUCGUUCAGGGUGGUGUCGUCCGCGUUGACAUCCGCAAGAGCUCGAAGAUUGUGGAUGCUCCGUACGCCAUCACCGCUGCUGAGACCGCGUAUGUUGGCAACAUCAAGCUGUUGGGCGAUGUCGACAUUGCUGCUUCUGUGAAGGACAACGGCAAGGUCAUCGUCAACGCCCCUGGCGUCAAGGAUGAUGAGCUGGAGAAGAAGCUGCCCGUGGCCUUCAGACAGGCCGUCGCGGAGCGCGGAAUUUCUCUCUACUUUGUCGAUCCCUCCGUGGCCGGCGAGUCCGUCCCCGAGUCCUCUGUCCUCCAGGUUGCUUUCUUGCGCGUCGCUCUGCCUUCCCAGGAGAGUGUGGGUAUCAAGAAACUGGCCUCUAUUGCUGGCAAUGCUGAGGUUCUGGAGAGUGUUAGCAAGGACCUUGAAAAGGUGCUCCGCCAGAUCGAGGUUCCUGAGGCCUGGAAGACCCCCGAGGAGGGAUCGCAGGCUACUCAGCUUCCCAAGGACAUCUCUCCCAACAGCUUUGUGUCCUUCGACAAGGAAGAGAGCGAGCCUGCUUCGUACCUCAAGGACUGGCAGGCCGCUGCCAAGGGUCUCGCCUUCAAGGAGGCCUACGGCACCCGCAAUGCCCUGCGCCCUGAGACCGCCACCAAGACCUUCACUGUCCAUGUGAAGGAAAACAGACGACUGACCCCCGUCACCUAUGACCGUAACAUCUUCCACAUCGAGUUCGACUUGGGUGACUCUGGACUCACGUACGACAUCGGUGAGGCUCUGGGUGUCCAUGCUGAGAACGACCCCAAGGAGGUCGAGGAAUUCAUCCAGUUCUACGGCUUGAACUCUGACGAUAUUGUCGAGGUGCCCAGCCGUGAGGAUUCCGCCGUGCUGGAGAACCGCACUGUUUACCAGGCGCUUGUCCAGAACGUCGAUAUCUUCGGUCGCCCGCCCAAGCGCUUCUACGAAGCUCUUGCAGAGUUCGCAUCCGACGAGAAGGAGAAGACCGAUCUUCUCACCCUGGGUGGUCCUGAAGGUGCUGUGGAAUUCAAGCGCCGUUCCGAGGUUGACACUGUUACCUUCGCCGAUAUUCUGCUUCAGUACCCAUCGGCUCACCCUGACUUCCACGACCUGAUCCGCAUUGUCGGUCCCCUGAAGCGUCGUGAGUACUCCAUCGCUUCUUGCCAGAAGGUGACCCCCAACUCCGUGGCACUCAUGAUCGUUGCUGUUACCUGGUCGGACCCCACUGGCCGUGACCGCUUCGGUCUGGCGACGCGGUACCUGAGCGGACUCCAGCCCGGCACCCCGAUCACCGUCAGUGUCAAGUCCAGUGUGAUGAAGUUGCCUCCCAAGUCCACUCAGCCCCUUAUCAUGGCUGGUCUUGGAACUGGUCUGGCACCUUUCCGUGCCUUCGUCCAGCACCGUGCGCUCGAGAAGGCCCAGGGCAAGGAGAUUGGUGCUGUUCUGCUGUACAUGGGCUCCCGCCACCAGCGCGAGGAGUACUGCUACGGUGAGGAGUGGGAGGCUUACCAGGAGGCCGGUGUUAUCACCGUCCUGGGCCGUGCCUUCUCUCGUGACCAGCCCGAGAAGAUCUAUAUCCAGGAUCGCAUGCGCCAGACCCUGCCCGAAAUCAUCCAGGCGUACAUCCGGGAAGAGGGUGCUUUCUACCUCUGCGGUCCCACCUGGCCCGUUCCCGACGUCACUGCCGUGCUGGAAGAGGCCAUCACCACCGAGGCCAAGAACCUGGGCAAGAAGGUCGAUGCUCGUAAGGAGAUCGAGAAGUUGAAGGACGAGGAGAGAUAUGUCCUUGAGGUGUACUAAGGGGGAG